GUUUAGGAGCCGGCGGCGAAUGUGUAACCGUGCACUUGCUGAGUGUGCAGGCGCGGGUUAUUCUCCGUUAUGGCUGCUUGGAGAAAACACCUUGCGGGCAUUAAGGGACUGGUGUUAGAUAUCAGCGGGGUGCUUUAUGAUAGCGGAGGCGAAGGAGGCGGAGUCCCCAUUCCUGGAUCUAUAGAAGCAGUAAGAAAGAUCAAGACAUCUGGUCUUAAGUUGCGGUUCUGCACCAAUGAAACUCAAGCUACGCGUGACAAGUUUGUGGGAAAGUUGCAGCGUUUGGGCUUUGACAUUGUGGUGGAUGAAGUAACUGCUCCAGCACCAGCAGCAUGCCGAAUCCUGAAGGAGCGCAACCUGAGGCCACAUCUUCUUGUACAUGAUGAUGUUAUCCCUGAAUUUGCUGCUAUUGAUAGAGCAAACCCAAACUGUGUGGUGAUUGGUGAUGCAGCAGACAACUUUUCUUACAAAAACCUUAAUGAUGCCUUCCAAGUUCUCAUUGGUUUGGAGAAUCCAGUUCUGAUAUCAUUGGGAAGAGGACGCUAUUAUAAAGAAACUGAUGGUCUAAAACUUGAUGUUGGAACAUAUAUGAAGGCACUGGAGUAUGCCUGCGAUAUUCAAGCUGAGGUGGUGGGAAAGCCAGCCAAAAUGUUUUUCCAGUCAGCCUUGACGGAAAUGGACAUUGAACCACACCAGGCCAUCAUGAUUGGGGAUGAUAUUGUAAAUGAUGUUGGAGGUGCCCAGCAAUGUGGUAUGAGAGCUCUGCAAGUACGAAGUGGAAAGUACAGGCCUUGUGAUGAGCAGCACCCAGAGGUGAAGGCUGAUGGUUAUGUGAACAACCUCGCAGAAGCUGUAGAUGUGAUUCUAAAACAACUGCAUAAGUAAUAGCGCUGCAGACAAUGAAUGAAGGCACAAAGAUGACUAAUUUACUUGAGCUCUGUGACAUAGUUGUGUGAACACAAUUUGUUUACAUAUCUUCACCCAGUGCUUAUGCAGUGAUUAUGUUGCAACCAGGAGCACCAUGUAUGCACUUCAAAAGUCCAGUUUUUCUAACUUGUCGUUGCAAGUAACUAAAGUGGAAUAAUGACCAUAGCAAAAAAGAAGUGUGAUUCUUCCCUAUAGCGUGCCCCGCUCCCUCUGAAUCUUUUGACUCUUAACUCUCUGUUUUGGGUACAUCUAACCAUGUCCGAUCACUGAAUAAACAUCUGUGCCACAUGUCACUUGGCCUGGGGCCUGUUUCCUGUGCUGGCUGAUGUUUUUCUGUUUCCUGGAAGAAAGCCCCCAGAGGGAGGUCAUUCUGUCUCUAGGUCACUCUCCUAAGAAAUCAGUGCAGAAGGGACUCAGUCUUUAACCAGAGGAUGAGAAGAUUCUGACUUUGGAUUAUUCUCAGUGGUCUCUCAAUGUUCAGCCACCCAUGCAGGCAUUGUCCUAAGAGUGAAGACAGGCAUUUGUAAAGCAGUGAAGCUGUUUUGCAAGCAUCCUGACUGCAUCCAGAACAAAUGUACCUUUCCUCUUCAGGUUGGAGCUCUGACGGUAGCACCCAGCAGUGUAGGAAUGGGGAACCUGUGGAUUUCCAGAAGUUGUUGGAUGCCCUCUCCCAUCAGCCCCAGCCAGCAUAGCCAAUGGUCAAAGAUGAUGGGAGCUGUAAUCCAUCAACAUCACGAGGACCACAGGUUUCCCAUUUCUGUUGUAGUGUCCAUAAGAAACCUUUCCUCGCUCCCAGCCUCUGGACCAGUCUUGAAUUUUAUUUUAUUUUUAAAAAACUCUUUCUGUUUCAUUAAGGCAAUGAAUAAACAUAUAAACAUGAUGUAGAGCUUUUAAAAACAUUUUAUCUAAGGUGCACAGAGUCUGCCUGAAGUAUAGGAAGAGGGGCAGCACAGGUGCCUAAGCCAGCAUUUUAAUUCACUGGUAUGCACAUCUGUCAUCUCAGUUGCAAAGCUGGGCUUAAGAACCCACCAUGGCCUCUCUGUCUGUCUCUGUAACCUGAAAAGUAGCACUCUCCUAGACAAGGGGGGCAGUCAAAGCCAGUUCGAGGGAAGAUUGGGCUUUGUUUGUAAAAUCAGUGCCCAGUACUUUUGAAGGUUUCCUAUAUAAUGUUUUGAGCACAUGCUAUUCUGGGAAUGUAAUGAGUUCUGUUCACCUUCAUCCCCCAAAACACACACGUGUGUUCACUUCCAUUGUCUUGGAGGAAACAUAGACUCCCAUAAUUUGACUGCUGCUGUCUAAUCACAUUGUUUAAUUCUUCUAAGAAUAGCCUUGCAUGCAGGGGUGUAGCCAUCUGGGGUCUCAGGAUGUCUCAGACCCCUUACUUUUUUGGGAUCAGGGUCCCUAUGCCUUCAGCAUCCUAUGAACCUAUAAGUAUGAAAGGGGAGUGUGUUGGCCACUGAGAAGAGUCUUCUAACAUGCUUCCUUGUCCCUUCCUGCUGAUUGGAGCUAAUCAGAGUAUAAGAAGGUGAGUCAGCCACUAAGAAAACUCUUUUCAGUAGCUAAGACAGUUUCAUCCUUAUUGGCUCCAAGGGACGUCUGUUGUUGUGGGAGAAGGCGUUAACAAGGAUCUCAUUCUUAACCAUGCAAAAAAAGAGGGGCAUGGCUGUGACCAUCAUGAAGGGAGCCUGCACUUCUGAAUUUGCCACUGCACUACUGCUGGCAUGUUGAGAACUAUCUCCUGGUGGCUAGAUGCUAAACCAAAAGAGCUGGUGUUGGGUUUCCUGAUUUCAGAGCCAAAUGUCUAUGCUGCUGCAGCUUGAAAGGCUCCUUGGAUUCGGAAAGGGAGAAUAACACCAUUUUGGAUAACCUUAGGACUGAAUUGAAAGAACGUCCCCUUUUUGCCACUUUAGCUGGUUUCCUGGCAUUGUGGCACAUAAGGCUAAAGAAAACUAGCUGUCGGGGAAAAGGCUAGGCUUGAAUGCUCUCCCCUGACAUUUAGGACUCUUCCCAGGCCACACCCUUCACCAGCCCUGCUUUGCACAAUCCUUGAGUGUUUUUGUCUGGCUGAAAUUUGUCUUUGAACUCAAAUAAUGCCUCUUGCUUGCCUAGAUGGAGGACAGAGAGAGCUAUGUGA